UUUCAGAUUACUUGUCAUCUACUAUAAGCACAAGUUGAGUUACACCUUAAAGAGCUGUUAAACUGACAACAUGGUAAACCGGGUAGCUGUUAUAUUUUGUGUUUAUCUCUGUGCUGCACACCAAGUGUAUUCAGGUAUCCUGACCAACUACAAAACCGAGGCCGGAGUCAUUAGUCUUCUAAAGAUGCGUGCAUAUUUUCUUUUCGUUGACUAUGAUGACGACCAUAUUUUAACACACGGGGAUUUUUUGAGGUUCCUUCUCAUAGAUGAUUUAAAUGAUGAUGGUGAAGUAACGUAUGAGGAGGUCGAGAAGUCACACCCGAAUGAUACCAGAAUUCCUAGUCGUAUUUUCAACACUUGGGAUGCAAACCUUGAUCGCGUUCUAAAUAAAAAGGAUAUCGUUAUGCUCUUCGAAGAGCUUCCCGGAAGCGGGAAUGAAUUGGAUUUACAAGAAAUUUUGACGAUUGCUUCCAGUAGAACGAAUGAAACAACUGGACCAGUAAUGAAGAUACAGUCUUUUGUCCAAGCUGAGAGAGAUUUCUUGAUAAUUGAUGAAAAUGAUGACAAUAUUUUGACUAAAAAGGAAUUUCAAGUGGAAUUUAAAGUAGCCGACAAAAAUAAGGAUGGAAAAUUGGAAGAGUCAGAAGUACGCAAUAUGUUCCCCAUGAGAAGUACUCCUCCAGAAAAGAUUUGUCCAAACAUCGCUGUAAGCUGCUCUGUGGAAGACAUCAUGUCUCUAUUCGAUGCAGCAGACCAGAAUAAAGACUCCCAGUUGAGCAUUAAUGAAUAUAUUAUACAUUUUGGAUUCUUGAUUAAAAACUAAUCUCAAAAGAUAUAUUAACACUUGAUUCAAAUUAUAAUUACAUGAAAUAAAAUUUUACUGAGCAAUCUCU